AUGGGAGCGGAUGUCAACGCACUAGGCGGUGAAUAUGGCAGUGCCCUUCAGGCUGCCUGUUAUAAUGGGCACAUAGAGAUUACCCAGCUGCUUCUAGACAUGGGAGCGGAUGUCAACGCACUAGGCGGUGAAUACGGCAGUGCCCUUCAGGCUGCCUGUGAAAAUGGGCACUUAAAGAUUGCCCAGCUGCUCUUAGACAGGGGAGCGGAUGUCAACGCACUAGGCGGUGAAUACGGCAGUGCCCUUCAGGCUGCUUGUUAUAAUGGGCACAUAGAAGCUGCCCAGCUGCUCCUAGACAUGGGAGCGGAUGUCAACGCACUAGGCGGUGAAUACGGCAGUGUCCUUCAGGCUACCUGUUAUCAUGGGCACAUAGAGAUUGCCCAGCUGCUCCUAGACAGGGGAGCGGAUGUCAACGCACUAGGCGGUGAAUAUGGCAGUGCCCUCCAGGUUGCCUGUGAAAAUGGGCAUACAGAGGCUGCUCAGCUGCUUCUAGAUAGAGGAGCAGAUGUCAACGCACUAGGCGGUGAAUACGGCAAUGCCCUCCAGGCUGCCUGUGAAAAUGGGCACACAGAAGCUGCCCAGCUGCUUCUAGACAUGGGAGCGGAUGUCAACGCACUAGGCGGUGAAUACGGCAGUGCCCUCCAGGCUGCCUGUUAUCGUGGGCACAUAGAAGCUGCCCAGCUGCUUCUAGACAGGGGAGCGGAUGUCAACGCACUAGGCGGUGAAUACGGCAAUGCCCUCCAGGCUGCCUGUGAUUGUGGGCCCAUAGAGACUGUCCAGUUGCUUCUAGACUGGGGAGCAGAUGUCAAUGCAUUAGGCGGUGAACAUGGUAGUGCCCUCCAGGCUGCCUGUUAUCGUGGGUACACAGAGACUGCCCAGCUGCUUCUAGACAUGGGAGCGGAUGUCAACGCACCAGGUGGUAAAUACAACAGUGCCCUCCAGGCUGCCUAUUAUCGUGGGCACACAGAGACUGCCCAGCUGCUUCUAGAUAGAAGAGCUCGUUAG